CAACCGGAUUCAACAGUUCCAGCCCCGCAGGUGUCCGGAGGCCUCCGGACGCCCACCCGACGGCAUGUGCGCGGCGGAGGUGGACCACCACGUAGCCCAGCGAUACCUGCUCAAGCGGCGGCUGGGAAAGGGGGCCUAUGGCAUCGUGUGGAAGGCAGUGGAUAGGAGGACUGGUGAGGUUGUGGCCAUCAAGAAAAUCUUCGAUGCCUUUAGAGAUAAGACGGAUGCCCAGAGAACGUUCCGGGAAAUCACACUGCUCCAGGAACUUGGGGACCAUCCCAACAUCAUCCGCCUCCUGGAUGUGAUCCGGGCGGAGAACGACAGGGACAUUUACCUCGUGUUUGAGUCUAUGGACACGGAUCUGAACGCCGUCAUCUGUAAAGGCAGGCUGCUGAAGGACACCCACAAACGCUACAUCAUCUACCAGCUCCUGCGGGCCACCAAGUUCAUCCACUCGGGACAUGUCAUCCACCGGGACCAGAAGCCGUCCAACAUUCUCCUGGACUCCAGCUGCUCGGUGAAGCUCUGUGACUUUGGUCUCGCCCGCUCCCUCGGUGGCCUCCCUGAGGGGCCUGAGGGCCAGGCCCUGACAGAUUACGUGGCCACGCGCUGGUACCGGGCUCCCGAGGUGCUGCUGUCCUCCAGCUGGUACACCCCCGGGGUGGACAUGUGGAGUCUGGGCUGCAUCCUGGGGGAGAUGCUUCGGGGAAGGCCCCUGUUCCCAGGCACGUCCACGCUGCACCAGCUGGAGCUCAUCCUGGAGACCAUCCCACCGCCGUCCAAGGAGGACCUCCUGGCUCUUGGCUCAAGCUACAGUGCCUCGAUCCUGCCCUGCCUACGGGCCUGGCCACGGCAGCCGCUGGACACCCUCCUGCCGCCAGACACACCCCCGGAGGCCUUGGAUCUCCUCAGGGGCCUCCUGGUAUUUGCCCCCGACAAGCGGCUCAGCGCAGCCCAGGCACUGCAGCACCCCUACGUGCAGAGGUUCCACUGCCCGGCCCGUGAGUGGACCCUGGAUUCAGCUGUGCGGCUCCCGGUGCUCGAAGGAGUUCAGCUCUCAGCCCCCGAGUAUCGCAGCCGCGUCUAUCAGAUGAUCCUGGAGCGCAGGGCCAACAGCCGGGUCCCCAGAGAGAAGGGCGUGGGGGGCACACCCCCGGGCGCAGAACCCGGCGCCCCCCCGCCCCAGGCGCACCUGCUCGGACCCAGCGCCGCCCCUCCGCCGACUCCGGGCUCGCCCACGCGGAACCCCGGACGCAGACCUCAGAGCGGCCCGGCUCAGCGGCCCGCGCCGGACGUCGCCCGCGGAGCCAAGAACCUUCCACGGCAGAACUCGGCCCCCCUGCUCCAGCCUCCGCCCCCACGAGGUCUCGGGAGAGGGGAGAGGCCCCCUGCGGCGACGCCGGAGGCCCCCUCGGCACCCUCGUGGGUGAAGCCCAGUGGCAAGGGGGCGGCCCCCUCCCUCGCCAGGCAGGCCGCCGCCCGGGUGGCCAUCCAGGCCCUAGUCCGGAGCGACUGGAACCCGGGCCGAGAGCUGCGCGCGAGCGGUGCGCGACGGGUCCCUCGCGGGCUUCCCGCCGACGGCCGGCCCGAGCCCCGGCCCGGCCGGAGGAUGUUCAGCACCUCGGCCUCGCAGGGGGUCCAGGGCGCCGCAAGAGCUGCGCUCGGGGGCUACUCUCAAGCGUACGGUACCGUCUGCCGCUCGGCACUGGGCCGCCUGCCGCUGCUCCCGGGUCCCCGCGCCUAA